GGCCCAGCAGGUAAAGGGCACCUGCUACAGACCCUAAGGACUCUCACAAGUUGUCCUCUGAUCCCCAUGGGCCAUGGCACACCUACACCCACAGUAAAUAAAUAAAAAUGUGACGAGGGAAAAAAAGGAGCUGGGGAGAUGGCCUAGUGGUUAAGAAUACUUGCUACUCUUGAAGAGGACUCACGCCAGUUCCCAGCACUGAUAUGGGAGUUUAAACGUUGAGCCGUCUUUCCAGUCCCUAAUUCAUACAAUAGAGAAACAGUCACAGAUAACGGAGGAACGAUUGUUCGAGCAGCAACUCUUGUGUUCUGCGUAUCCAUUUAACAAGCACAUGGACAGUCUGGAGUAAUUGUAUUCUCUUCGUGAGCAUAAACUUAGGAGCCGAGAGAUGAUAGGUGACAACUGCCUUCUGAAUUUUUCCACAUUCGUUUAGAAAAAAAGACCGGAAGGAAAGAUGGCUACACAAAGCCUUUUCUCUUAGGGACUAAUUUAAGGGCAGAGGAAAAACAAAACAAAACAGAAUCCCCAGGUUGUCUGUCAGUCUGGUAUGACCUAACCCUGACCUUCAAGGAUACAGGAAAAGAACUGGCCACCGGCAGAGCAGAGGGAGGCAGGGUGUCCACGAGAGAGGUGAGCUGCGAAAGGACAGCAUUGUUAGGUAGUAGCCGCCUUUCUGUACUCAAGACAGUCCCACUUUGAAUUAUGUACUAAGUAGUAUUGUGACCUACACGGCCUUGAAGAAAGCCCUCGUGGAGGAAACAGAGCAUACUGCUACUAUCUGAGAGCUAUUUUAGAUUGUCUGAAUUUUUUGGAGAUGGGAGAUUUGGUAUCUAUAUCUCUCAGGGUAGUCUUUUCUUUUUGAGACAAGGUCUCUCUAGCCCCAGCUAUCCUGGAACUCUGUGUAGACCAGACUGACCUCAAAUUCACAAAGCUCUCCCUGCCUCUGCCUCCUGAAUGCUGAAAUUAAAGGUGUGCGCCACUCUACCUGGCUCAGGCUAGUCUUGAACUCAACAGGGUCAAGCGAUCCUUCUGCCCCAGCCUCAAGCAGCUGGGACUGCAGGUGAUGCAUCAACAGCUGGGACCUGUAUGUGAAAUCCCAGGAAUCUAGAUUUCUGGCUCCUUCAAGUGGCUCAGGACCUGACUACGCGAGCCCCUCCCGCCACAGGGGAACGCACCUCUGUGUGGAACAUCUGUUCUCCAUGAGGCUGCUACACCCACUUUUUGGUUCUGCCCACUCCCUGCUCGUUUUCCUUGAUCUAAAAUGUUGCAUAUUGCAACUCUGAGAGGGGGGAGGGAAGAGCAAAGAGAUCCCUAAGACCCUGGCCCCUCCAGACUCUGCUGCCUCUUGAUGUAGCAUGGGUGGCCCUGGGCUCCUGGGCUCCGUAAUGGCAUCAAGACAAGACCUCGCUUGUUUAUCUAAACACUAACUGGAGUGCUGCCUGUCGCUGAAUGUUCUAGCAGGGUGGCCAUGAAGUCACUCAGGCUGAGGUUGAUGGGGGCUUACUAUGUACUUUCUCAAGGACUCUGCAAAUCUUGGAACAGCUCUCUGCCUCAUUUCUAGAACGGAGACGGUGAGGUUUACUGUCACAGCCAGAGGCAGCACAAGCCAACAGACUCCUGUGCACCAGCUCUUUACCAAGUGACCGUGUCUUUAGCUGGGUACUUGCUGAUGGCUCUAGCGGGGCCCCUCAGAUGAUCUGUAGGUCUCCAGCCCAAUACGAAUGCGACAGUGGCUUCAAUAUUCAGUAUUAUUUCUGUAUUUUAUAGAUUCUUGUGUGGAGGUCGGAGGACUUGUAGUAGCUGCUUAUCUCUUUCCAACAUGUGAGUCCCAGACAAGGAACUCAAGUUUGGCCCAAAGUGUCUUCCCUUACUGGGCCAUCUCAACAGCCUUUAUGAGCAUGCUCUUAGCUGGGCAGUGGUGGCACACGUCUUCAAUUCUGGCACUGGGAAGGCAGAGGCAGGAGGAUCUCAGUGAAUUCCAGCCCAGCCUGGUCUACAGAGUGAGUUCCAGGACGCCAGGGCUGUUACACAGAGAAACCCUGUCUUGGCACACUCUUUGGAGCUGGGGCUAGAACUCAGUGCUUACCAGGCAUGCACAAAGCUCAGGGAUCAUUCCCCGUCAUAGAAUAAACUGGGCAUGGUGGACCUCACCUGUUCCUUCUCAGUGAAAGGAAGGGGAGUGAGAAGGUCAAGGUUAUCCUUGGCUAUGUAGGAAGCCUUUUAGCCCAUACAGUGGUCAUACAGUGGUGUCUCCUGAAGCAAGGUCUUUGAUUUUGCAGGGUGGCUGUGGUUAAACGACAGAGGGACUGUGGAUAAAUCUGAGAGGAAAACUUCAAACUGCAGCUCAUGUGCCUAUAAAAUUCUUUCAGCCGGUGAAGUUAUCGCUGAAGCUUGGAGGACACAAUUUUGGGAUAGUCAAGACAGGCUUUCUUGCCUUGGCUGUCCUGGAACUCACUCUGUAGACCAGGCUGACCUCAAACUCACAGAGGUCCGCUUGCCUCUGCCUCACGAUUGUUGGGAUUAGAGGUUUGCGCCACCACUGCCCAGCCGGUAAAUUCAUUUUUAAAACUAGUCUUUAAUUAUCAUUUCUCUUUAAGAUUUUCCGGGAUGUAAAAGCUCAAGGUCUCCAGCUGGCUCUAAACCUCUGCUAACAGCACCCUCCUCUCCUGAACCCCCUCUCCACCUCACCUCACCGAGCUCAGGGACCUGGAAAGUACGAGCGAGGCUGUCAAGUGGAAACUUAAGAGGUCGGGACGUCGGAAAUAAAGCUGUGAAAGUGGGGAGGAAGACCUGUCUGGGCUUUAAGACCGGAAUCUCCUGUGUUCCUGCUAGACCAAUCUGCAGCUUUUGCAAACAGCCUUAAUAUCAGCGCCCCGCUGCGGAAUUCAAAGCUCAGCUUGUCACGACUGCUAACACCUUCUUUGACCAGCCUCUUUCUACUUGACAAUUUUUCUCUUCUGUUCCUCUGUCUUGCCACCGGGAAGGUUCCAGAAGAACAUUGGUUUUAGGGAGUCCCCUCACAUAGCUUACCGCCCCUUGGCGUGCAGAAGUCGGGGGAAGAUACUCUGGGCUGGCCGGCUUGCAGGAUGCCGGUUCAGCUGACUACAGCCCUGCGUGUGGUGGGCACCAGUCUGUUUGCCCUGGUGGUGCUAGGGGGCAUCCUGGCAGCCUACGUGACAGGCUACCAGUUUAUCCACACAGAAAAGCACUACCUGUCCUUUGGCCUCUACGGUGCCAUCCUGGGUCUACAUUUGCUCAUCCAGAGCCUGUUUGCCUUCCUGGAGCACCGUCGCAUGCGCAGGGCAGAGCGCCCACUGAAGCUGCAUUGCUCUCAGAAGCGACGUUCGGUGGCACUCUGCAUUGCUGCCUACCAAGAGGACCCUGAGUACUUGCGCAAGUGCCUGCGUUCAGCUCAGCGCAUUGCCUUUCCAAACCUCAAGGUGGUCAUGGUAGUGGAUGGCAAUCGCCAGGAAGAUGCCUACAUGUUGGACAUCUUCCAUGAGGUUCUGGGUGGCACUGAGCAAGCUGGCUUCUUUGUAUGGCGUAGCAAUUUCCAUGAGGCGGGUGAAGGAGAAACAGAGGCCAGCCUACAGGAAGGCAUGGAGCGUGUGCGAGCCGUGGUGUGGGCCAGCACCUUCUCCUGUAUCAUGCAGAAGUGGGGAGGAAAGCGUGAAGUCAUGUACACAGCCUUCAAGGCCCUUGGCAACUCAGUGGACUACAUCCAGGUGUGUGACUCUGACACCGUGCUGGACCCAGCCUGCACCAUUGAGAUGCUCCGAGUCUUGGAAGAAGAUCCUCAAGUAGGGGGUGUUGGAGGAGAUGUCCAAAUCCUCAACAAGUAUGAUUCCUGGAUCUCCUUUCUGAGCAGUGUGAGGUACUGGAUGGCCUUCAACGUGGAGCGGGCCUGCCAGUCCUACUUUGGCUGUGUGCAGUGUAUCAGUGGGCCCUUGGGCAUGUACCGAAACAGCCUCCUCCAGCAGUUCCUGGAGGACUGGUACCACCAGAAGUUCCUAGGCAGCAAGUGCAGCUUUGGGGAUGAUCGGCACCUUACCAACCGAGUCCUGAGUCUUGGCUACCGGACUAAGUAUACAGCACGCUCUAAGUGCCUCACAGAGACCCCCACUAAGUACCUCAGAUGGCUCAACCAGCAGACCCGCUGGAGCAAGUCUUACUUCCGGGAAUGGCUCUAUAAUUCUCUGUGGUUCCAUAAGCACCACCUCUGGAUGACCUACGAAUCAGUGGUCACAGGCUUCUUCCCAUUCUUCCUCAUUGCCACGGUCAUACAACUUUUCUACCGGGGUCGCAUCUGGAACAUUCUCCUCUUCCUGCUGACGGUGCAGCUGGUGGGCAUUAUCAAGGCUACCUAUGCCUGCUUCCUUCGAGGCAAUGCAGAGAUGAUCUUCAUGUCUCUCUACUCCCUUCUCUACAUGUCCAGCCUCCUGCCAGCCAAGAUCUUUGCCAUUGCUACCAUCAACAAGUCUGGCUGGGGCACUUCUGGCCGAAAAACCAUUGUCGUGAACUUCAUUGGCCUAAUCCCUGUGUCCAUCUGGGUAGCUGUUCUUUUAGGUGGCCUAGCAUACACAGCUUAUUGUCAGGACCUGUUCAGUGAGACUGAGCUAGCCUUCCUGGUCUCCGGGGCCAUCCUGUACGGCUGCUACUGGGUAGCCCUCCUCAUGCUGUACCUGGCCAUUAUUGCCCGGAGGUGUGGGAAGAAGCCAGAGCAGUACAGCCUGGCUUUCGCUGAGGUGUGACCUGACCCCUAAGUAAAGUGGGACAAGUGCAAUGGGCAAGG